AAAAACAAAGCGUCGUUCUAUAGGGUGAUUGUAAUAUUUUUACUUGUGAAAUUUUCAUGUCAUAGUGUUUUAUUAAACGUAAAAAACAAUUAAAAUCAAUGCAGAAAAUAAAUUAUUAAUAUAAAAAAACAUUAAUGAAUGUUUAAGCAAUCUAGUGAACAAGAUAAAUUGUAUAGACGGCAUAACCUCUAAAAACAGUGACAUAAAUAUUGUAAUAAAAAUGAAAGAAGAAGCAGAGACAAGUAGUAAAUUGCCGCCUAAAAUAAUAAUGGGUGGUGUUGGCGGUUCAUCAACAAUGGCAACGAUUAUGUUAAAAUCCACCAGUUCAUCCACUAUUCCCAAUCACAAUAUAAUGUCCUACACCAGUCUCAGUUCCAACACCUCAACUAAGCAACAAAAUGAUGAAAUACUGAGCACGUUACUGCGUAUGAAUAACUUUGAUUCUAUAUCCAGCAUAAAAGACGAAUCGUUAGACAUUGAUCUAUCCGCGUGUGUAACCAUAAGCACAGAUCCAUCGGGCACUAUUGGAGGUAAUAGUUUGUCAUCGUCAGACUUUUGGCGAGUGUUGGAUGAAAGUGCACAGACCUCACAGUUGGACGUAAGUAAUGGUAGUGUCGGUAAUGUGGUAGUUGGUGGCGGUAGCUGCAAUACGAGCCGGGAGUCAAUACAGACUUCACCUUCCGCAUCCAGUAAUGGUAACUCCAUGCCGACAACUGAUAAAAACGAGUUAAAGGUCAUUGUCGUGAAAGAGCAAACAGAUUUUAGUGGGACAUUUCUUAAGCCUUCCACUGGCAUUUCAUUCUCACCAUUAAAACGUAGCAUUAAGCCUCUGCAGGCGGAGCAUCAAAUACGCAAAGAAAAGUCUCCCACCAGAUUGGCAAAAUCAGAAACAGGUCCUCCUUCCUUAGCACCCAUUAUGCGGAUACAUCAAACAUUUAUUAAACCACAGGUAGAACUACCAAAGCUAAAUAAUGGCAGCCUUGCCACAAAUCAAACAGUGCAAAUUCACAACAAACAACAAAAAGAGUUAUUAUUGGCCACAAACCACCCACCUCCAUUGGCUGCUUUAGAAACAUCAACAAAUAAGCCGACAGCAGCAGUAAAACCUUUGGUUUUACCCGAACCCAUCUAUAAGUGUCUGGAUUGUGAAAAUCUUGUAUUCCGCGGUAGUCAGGAACUGACUAAACAUACUAAUCAUCGUUUAAUUUAUAAAUGCCCCGAUUGUGAACGAGAAUUUGAUCUUGAGACAUCGUUGAAGAAACAUUUAAAAACACAUCGUCCAAUUGAUGCACGUAAGGAUGCUUGGAAAAAGUGUCCAGAUUGUGGAAAGUGCCUUAAACUUGGAAGCAUGUGGAUGCAUCGUAAAAUUCAUACCGAAAAUAAGAAAUACGGAUGUGAGAUAUGUGGACAGAAAUUUGUACAGAAGAUUAACUUAACACAUCAUCAACGUAUCCAUACCUCAGAAAAACCAUACGAAUGUUCCGAAUGCCAAAAACGUUUUCAAGAGCGCAGUCACUUGCAACGGCAUCAAAAAUACCAUGCACAGACUCGUUCAUAUCGUUGUGAGAAGUGCGGUAAAAUGUACAAAACUGAACGUUGUCUCAAGGUACACAAUUUAGUGCAUUUGGAACAAAGGCCAUUUGCCUGCACAGUUUGCGAUAAAUCGUUCAUUUCGAAUUCCAAACUUAAGCAACAUUCGAAUAUACACACGGGAGAGAGGCCAUUCAAAUGUAACUAUUGCCCCAGAGAUUUCACUAACUUUCCCAAUUGGCUAAAACACACAAGACGUCGUCAUAAAGUCGAUCACAAAACCGGUGAAAUGUUGGAAAAUAUACCUUCCUAUUGUUCGAAAAAAUCUACACGUACACCAAAGGAAAAGAAAACUCCCGAAGUAAAAACAGCUGCAGCCACAACAAAGAACAAUAACAGCAACACUCCUGUAGCGACAAAUCAAAAACCAACUGAUCUCAAUAAAAUGGAAACAAAUAAUCUGCAGCAGCAACAACAGCAAAUGUUGGCAACAUUUUCAACAGCAAUAACCACAACAGCAACAUCGGCCCAAAACACUGCACCCACUACGGUCUUUACUACGAUUACCCUUGCAAAACCAAUGUUAACAGUAACUUCUAGUAGUAACAACCAGCUAAGCUCCAUAAAUGGACCGCCACCAUUGACUAAAGUGCCGGCUAAACGUAAAAAGAAGCAAAUUCCUGUGGUAACACAAAUAACGAAAUCAAAUUUUGAUGCCUCAUCUGUGACAACUGCAUCAACAACAUCUACAACAAAUUUCUUGAUUACUGCAUCAUCACUUGCCAACAUGCCAGUUGUGACAUCAAAUUGUGGCAGUGGCCCACCUCCAUUGUCGCUGGUGUAUAAUACUAAACCUAUAAAUGUGAUCAAUUCCAAAUUAUCGUCCACUCAAGCAAACAUUACCUUGAAAACAUCUCACCAACAGCAGCAGCAGCUGCAGCAACCGCCAAAGGUGGAAAAAGUUAAGAGAGAAAGAAAACAACCCAUGCCAAAGCAAGUUCAACAAGUCCCACCACCCUUGAUUAUUAAAAAGGAAUUUAUAGAACCAAAUUCGGAAAUAAAUCUAGCAAGUCAUGAGCAGCAGCAGGAGCAACAACUAACACAACAGCGUCUGCAACAGCAGCUGCGUUUGCAGUCUCAACAGCAGCAGCAGGAACAUCAACAGCAUCAACAUCAAACCAAAGUAACAUUCACCGAUUUGCACUGCUUAAGUAUUACCUCAGCCGAGGAAUUGAUAAUGGAACAGGCUUUGGAAAUGGAAGAAUGCGGUCUGUACAAAGCCACCUUGCCGACCAAUGUUGAUCAUCAGCAUGUGAUGUCUAAUUUUGCCGACACUGAUAAUGCAAUAUCAUCCGAUUCUAUGGCUGAUUUACACUUUAAAAUCAAAGAAGAACAUCAUGAUAUGGAUUUGAAAUUAAAAACUGAAGAAUUUGAUUCUAUUAAAAAACAAUCCAUGUGUUCUUCAUUGGAGUCCUCACCAUUCUCAUCACCUGCAUCUAUGGAAUUUGCAUCGUCGUCUACUUUAACAGCCAACGAUUUUACAGCAAACAAUUUUUACUUACCACCCUUUACCAUUGCUAAUAAUCAAAUAAUUACUACAAAUGCUCCUAUAACCGCCAUGCGAAUUGAAGAUUGUCGUGGUACGGUGGCAACAGCCCACACAUAUUUGCCCCAACUCAUUACCACAAAUGUCAAUGUUCCAGAUUUGAUACAAAUCAACAAUAACAAUCAGAGAUAUUUGAAAGCUACUUCUACCAGCAAUAGUAGUAAUACACAUCCAUCAUUUAUAAAUCAACUAUACUUGCCGCUUACGGUCAAUGCCGGUCCCGUUCUAAUGAAAUCGAAUCAAGCUUUGCCCUCAGUCGAUACUCUGUUAUUUUCGAAUUCGAAAUUGGGUCUCUUUAACAAUCGUAAUUUACCAAAACAAGCCACAACAGCUCAACACAAUUUAUCCUAAUCCAAAGUAACAAUUAUUUUUCCGUAAACCUAGUUAAGUUAAUUUGUUUUUCAUAUUUUUUUUUUUUACAAAUCUUUAGUCCUCAUUAAUGUUGUGUGAUUUUGUGUAUCUUUUUAGUUAUUUUGUAAUAUAAUUUAAGGUUUUUUAAAAUUUCUUUAUUUCUUUAUUAUUCAGUGAUUGAUAAUAUUUAAAUAUAUAAUUUAGUUAUUGUUUAUUUUAACACUAUGAAAUAACAAAGAAAACAAUGACCACAAAUAUUUUGUGGAAUUUUGUCCAGAGAUAGACCAUACCAUACUAAUUAAAUAGACCUAACUAAACACAAAUAAAUCGAAUGUUAUAUAUUUUUUGCAACCAAUGUUCUUCAAAUUAUAAUUUGAACAUUUUUAUAGUCUUAGCAGUGUAGUGUAUAAAAACAAAACUUUUUUGUAAAAAAAAAGAAAAUAAAAUGUUUUUUAAUUAACAA